GCCUCCUUCCCCUUUCCGUUCCCCGAAGCGAGAGCGAAGCCAGCGCCCAUCUUCUUCUUCCUCCUCCUUGUUGUUGGAUCGCAGCUCCUUCGUCGUAGCGUCCGAUACGCCAGGUUUCCUUUCGCGAGCAACAAUCUUUGGCAAUGGCGUCCACGUCGAGCUCGACGCCAGCGCCGGUUGAGGUGGACGAGAGGGGCCGGAAGCGGAAGCGUGCGGCCGGGGCGGACCCCGCGGCGCCGGCGCAGCCGUCCAAGUGGCGGACGCGGCGCGAGCACGAGAUCUACUCGUCCAAGCUCCUGGAGGCGAUCCGCCUCGUGCGCGCGGGGCCCCCCUCCGCCGCCGCCGCCGGCACGGCGGCGGCCCCGCCGCGCAGCAGGGCCGUGCGCGCGGCGGCCGACCGCGCGCUCGCCGUCGCGGCGCGCGGGCGCACGCACUGGAGCCGCGCCAUCCUCGCGUCCCGCCGCCGCCGCCUCCAGGCCGCGCACCGCGCGCGCCUCCGCGCCCCCGCGUCCCCGCCCGCGCGACACGGUGCCCCCUCGGCCUCGGCGGCGAAGGGCGCCGCCACGCCGCCUCUGGAGAGGAAGGCCAAGGUGCUGGGCCGGCUGGUGCCCGGCUGCCGGAAGCUGUCGUUCCCGACACUGCUCGCCGAGACCACGGACUACAUCGCGGCGCUCCAGAUGCAGGUCCGCGCCAUGACGGCCCUCGCCGAGGCGCUGUCCGCCGUCUCCGCCACCUCCUCCUCCGGCGCCGGCUCCUCCUCGCCGCCGUGAUCGAAGCCGAAGCCUCAACAUUCGUGCAUUCGUUGUAAAUUUUUCCCUCUCUUUUCUCCCCCCACGAAUUUUUCCUCGGGAUUAGUUAACCUCUAGCUUUCUCUCUCUCUCCCCUCUAGUUUUCCUUGUCGUCUUGUUUCUCCCAGUUCGGUGAGUGGUUAGUGUGACGAUGAAGAAGAAGAUGAUGAUGGCGUCCCAGUGAUUAACCCGUGCGGUAAUGUGAUAGAAGAAGUCGUAGGCUGUCUCCGCUCCUCCCUUCCUCCCUAGCUCAGGAUUCUUUUGUAGCUUGGGUUUAUUCUCAUCUGCUUCGAUCGCUCUUCGAUGAAUGCAUCUUGAAAUGUUCAUUCAGAUCACACCAUCAUGUAUGAUGUAUCUUUCAUGUGCUUCUUGCUGAACGUCCUGUAGUGUACCUCUGGCUGCUGCUGCUGCUGCUGCAAGCAGAUUAACCGUUGUUCAUGGCUUGCUUGUAUCAUCUCAUAACCAUAAUUACUGAUCUGUACUUCAGAG